GUAGCUCGAGAGAGUCUCUCGGGAGGCUGGAUUAGCCACAAGUUGUGGUGAACCAGGAUAAAAUCGGUGUGCCUCUUACUCUUCUCUUUACUUCUCGUUUAUUCAUUUUUAUUCCUGCGAUUUUUGAUCAAACGCUAUUCACCCCCCCUCUAGCGUUGGUCCUUUAUUCUAACAAUUGGUAUCGGAGCCUAACUCGCGUCCAAACUUAACCGUUUGAGAGUAAAGCGAUUAUGGAUUCUUCUUCUAGAAAUCUCUAUGCAGGAAUUGGAGAAGGUCAAUCAACCUCUAGGCCACCACUCUUUGAUGGCACCAACUACUCUUAUAGGAAGGAACGGAUGAGAAUCUAUAUUCGUUCCACCAACUUCCAAUUGUGGUUGGUGAUCAAAAAUGGCGAAGAAACCCCUAUGAAGAAAGUGGGAGAAACCACGGUCCCAAAGACUGAAAACGAAUUUGAUGCCGAGGACAUCAAGAAGAUUGAAAACUAUGCAAAGGCCAUCAAUAUGCUAUAUUGCGCGGUCAACCCCGAUGACUACCGAAAGAUAUCCUGUUGCACAACCGCCAAGGAGAUGUGGGACAAGCUUGAGGUGACGUACGAAGGUACCGAUCAAGUUCGCGAAGCCAAGAUCGACUUUCUCACCCAAGAGUACGAAAUGUUCCAGAUGAAAGAAGGUGAGAAAAUUGAUGACAUGUUCGACCGGUUCUCAAAGAUCAUCAACGAUCUUCAUGCUCUCAAAAAGACUUACAUAAACAAGGAUCUCGUGAGGAAAAUCCUGCGGAGCCUCACACCCGAAUGGAGGUCUAAAGCCGAUGCAAUCUAUGAAUCCAUUGGAGUCUCCAACGUCACCAUCGACGGGCUAAGAGGGGAUAGCUCUCAAAGCUACCAAGGAACCGGUGGAAGAGGCUUCAAGCGAUGCCUCACACCCGAAUGGAGGUCAAAAGCCGAUGCAAUCUAUGAAUCCAUUGGAGUCUCCAACGUCACCAUCGACGGGCUAAGAGGUAACCUUAAAACCUAUGAAUCUACUAUUCUAACCCCGUCUUUGGAUGAACAAAAGAAAAAGGGGAUAGCUCUCAAAGCCACCAAGGAACCGGUGGAAGAGGCUUCAAGCGAUGAUGACAAUGAAUUUGGGCUCGUCAUCAAGAAGUUCCACAAGUUCAUGAAGAAGGAAUUUGAGCGGAAGGGAAGGAAGCACGAAGGUCCUCCCAAGUGCUACGGCUGUGGCGAGAUUGGCCACAUCAAGCCAAGGUGUCCAAAGGCGAAACACGGCAAGGAUAAGCCUGGCUUCAAGAAGCAAAGGGCCUACAUCUCUUGGGGUGGCGAUUCCGGCGACGAAUAAACCGACCAAGAGGAGGACAAAGAUGCAAAUCUCUGCCUCAUGGCGCACGAAGAUCAAAGCGACGACGUCCAAGAGAAAGUUGCUGUCCAGAAUUUCGGGUAUGUCGAUGAACAUGAUUCCGACGAUUAACUCACUAACUUCAACAUUCCAACGCCGAACUUUCUUUGCAAUACCUUCCGGAUGUUCCUAAUAAUUGUUAGAGAGUUUAUGGUAAGUAUUUGGGAUGAAAUAAUAUGAAUUUUGGUGAAGAAAAACAUGCCAACCCGAGGAGCUCGCCACCACUGGCGCAGUCCCGGUAUUUUGGCCAUAUCUUCUUCGUUACUUAACGAAAUCGCGAGCCGUUUGUUGGGUUAGAUUCGUAACGUCCGGGGCUACAACUUUGGUUCAAGAAGUAUUUUGAGAUAAUGGAUGGAAAAUUUCAGUUUUUACCUUGAAGUUGAUGCUGCGUUUUUGGACUCAAAAUUUGGAAACUUUGGAUGGUUUUCUUGCUCCUUCUUCUUCUUCCUUAACAUACUACCAUGGAGUUGGAGUUUUCUUUUCUUCUUCUUGUUGUUGCCGACAGAGAGAGGGAGA